AUGGCCUCUCAGUACAUCUCGGACAAUGCGACACUCUUCAGCGUCGAAGGCCUGGUGGCCGUGGUGACGGGAGGCGCUACAGGCAUCGGGCUGAUGAUCGCGACCGCCCUCGAGAGCAACGGCGCGAUCGUCUACAUCGUUGGCCGACGGCAGGAGGCCCUGGACAAGGCUGUGAAGGAGCGCAGCACGCGGGGCAACCUGAUCGCGCUGCAGGGCGACGUCACAGACCGCGCGUCGCUCGAGGCGCUCGCCGCGCAGGUCGCCGCGCGGCACGGGUACGUCAACCUGCUCGUGAACAACGCGGGCGUGCUGCUCGGGCGGCAGCCGCCGCUGCCCUCGCCGGCGGACGCGGGCGGCGACAUCGCGCGCCUGCAGACCGCGCUGUGGGGCGGGGAGAGCUUCGAGAGCUUCGCGCAGACGUUCCGCGUGAACGUGAGCGGCGCGUGGUUCGGCACGGUCGCGUUCCUCGCGCUGCUGCACGCGGGCAACGCGCGCACACGCGCGCGCGGGCUCACGAGCCAGGUGAUCACGGUGUCGAGCCUGGCGGCGCUGCGCAAGGACGCGGCGGUGUCGAGCCUCGCGUAUUCGCUGAGCAAGGCCGCGGCGACGCACCUGGGGAAGAUGAUGGCGCAUUACCUGAAGGACUGGCAGAUCCGGAGCAACGUCAUAUGUCCGGGCAUAUUCCCGUCCGAAAUGACGGACGGGAUCGUGUCGGAGGACAUGGUCAAGAGGACCAUCGCCCUGCAGCGCCCCGGGAGCACCGACGACAUGGGGGGCCUUGUCAUUUUCCUCGCUAGCAAGGCGGGGGCCUACGUCGACGGCGUCGUCCACUUGAUCGAUGGCGGGCGGUUGCUCUCCAUGUCGUCUGUAUACUAGAAGACGGAGGUUCCGGCGCGCAGCGCACUGGCGUUGUGGGCCGCCAGCUCAUGGCGUGCAGCCAUGUGAGGCCUGUAUCGAAACACCCUUGCGAUGCGCUUUGAAUUAGCGCCAUACCAGCGAUGAAAUGAGCCC